AGUCAUUCAGUAGUUAGAACCGAGUGUGAGCGCGCCAAGAGCCUGGAACUCACGUCUAAAUUUGUCUAAGCGGGCUUGCCGUACUAAUUACGCGAAAGAGCUGCUCCGGUCCGCUUUUCGCUCACUCGUCGCUUUAUGCGCGCCAUCGAAUCAUCCGGAAAUACUUCCGAACGCCCCGAAGCCUCGAGCUAGCACGGCGGCCGUCGCCGGACAAAUACGGCCACCAUGAACUCUUCGUGUCCGCUCAAACUCGUCUCGGUGCACGUCGAAGCUUGUCAGUCGCUCGAGCUAGCUUAGCUUAGCUUGCUAGCCGCUAACAAAGAGACGCCUUUGAAAGCCGCGCAGCAAUCAACGGAGGCCGAGUGCGAGCGUGGCCCUUCCCGUGGGGGGAAAAUGUGUGCGAACGUUGUGAAAGGGGAGCGCCAGGGGCAAGUGUGCGGAGCCAAAGAUGACGACGAGCAAGAACGUCGACGACUGGACGCCGUUUUCAGGCCUCAAGUGGUGUUUCACCGAGCAGACAUCACAGGAGGAGAUCUUGGUCUCGUGCGGCAGGAGCCGCAGCCCCCAAACAUCAAAGAGGAAGAGCAGGAAGCUGAAAUCACAGAGUUUCAAAUUACAGGCGUGAUCGUGAAGAGUGAAGAUGUCGACGAGCAAGACGCCAGUGAAGAAGAUCUUUGCCGUCAGCAUCAGGAGCCCGAGCCCCGGCGCAUUGAGGAGGAAGAGCACGAAGAUGGUUUCGCCCAGUUUCCGUUGACCGUCAUCGUCAAGAGUGAAAAGGGCGACGAAGACGCGUUUGAAAGCGCCCGCUCGCAGAUCCUCUCGGCUCCGCUCUCGGAUGGCGACGACGUGACCGCGCACUCUCCUGACACCGAUGCCAACGGUGAUGACGUGACGUGUCACGCUGACAACAACAAACACUUGGCAUGUUCUCGGUGUGACAAAACUUUUUACAACACGUCCACGUUGAAGAGACACAUAAGAACACACACCGGAGAGAAGCCUUUUGCCUGCUCCGUGUGCGCUAAAAGAUUCACUCAGAAGGGCCAUUUGAUAGCGCACACCAGAACACACACUGGGGAGAAACCCUUUGCCUGUUCGGUUUGUGGCAAAGGCUUUUCCAGAAAGGGAGACUUGAGAAUCCAUUCAAGAACGCACACUGGGGAGAAACCCUUUGCAUGCUCCUUUUGCGGCACGAGAUUCAGACAGAAGGGCGAUUUAAUAGCGCACACAAGAACCCACACGGGGGAAAAACCUUUUGCCUGCUCGGUUUGCGGCACCAGAUUCACUCAGAAGGGACAUCUCAUAGCACACACAAGAACACACACCGGCGAGAGACCGUUUGCCUGCCCGGUCUGUGGGAAACAUUUCUCCCGAAAGGGCCACUUACGAGAUCACUCCAAAACGCAUACUGGGGUGAAGCCUUUUGUCUGCUCGGAUUGCGGGAAGAAAUUCUCCUCGAGGACACAUUUGACAAGACACACCAGACGACACACUGGAGAAAAACCUUUUGUCUGCUCAGAUUGCGGGAAAAGCUUUUCCACCAAGGGAGAAUUAACAGCUCACGCCAGGACACACACUGGGGAAAAACCCUUUGCCUGCUCACUCUGUGACAAAUGGUUUUCCACAAACGACCACUUAAAAACGCACACCAGAACACACACCGGGGAAAAACCUUUUGCCUGCACGCAGUGUGGCAAAGGCUUUAAGAUCAAGAAAGAAUUGAACAUACACACGAGAACGCACACCGGGGAGAAACCAUUUGCGUGUUCAUUUUGUGGCUCCAGAUUCAGACAAAAGGGACAUUUGAAAGCACACAGAAGAACGCACACUGGAGAGAAACCUUUUGGCUGCGUGGGAUGUGAAAAAAGAUUCACCCAGAGGAGACUUUUAAAAGCACACGCAAGCGGGCACACUGGAGAAAAUCCUUUUGGCUGCUCUGUUUUUGGUCCAACGUUUUCUACAAAGGAAGAUUGACAAAGGCACGCAAAGAAGAAACGCUGGCCAAAAGCCUUUUUGCCCCCCACUCACGUUGUGGCCACCCCAAGCGGAGCUUACCAAAACUCCUCAGCGUACGCUGGAGACAAUAUGUUCGGUUGCGGAGCCUGUUCUAAGAGGUUCGGAUGAAGGGACACAAGCUUGUGAGUGCAAGUCACCGACUCCUCCCCUCCUCCCGACGGAGGAACUCAUUUCUCUGCGGUUGAAAAAAGAAUGAAAAGAUGGUGUCGUUCAAGUGAUUUGUCUACUAGUGUGCAAUCUUUUCCACCAUUUGUUCAUACAAUGCGUUUUGUAUAGAACACAUAAGGAAUUUAUUGUUAUCUUUGUUUUUCUUUUUAAAUAAAAUGAAAUGAAACCCAUUUAUCAAUGGCCAGAAAAAAAAGUCCCAAUUGGACGAGGUGGCUAAAUAAUUUAUUUUCAAGGAAUUCCGUGAAGCGAAAAGAAUGACUUCAAACCAAACAAGCGCUUCAAGUAAGAUUUAGGAAGAGCAGAAUGAAAGCAGCGCCACUUUAGCAUCGUGUUCGAAAGGCCCACCUUUGAUUCAUCUGUAAUAACUCAGUCUGAGCACUAGGGGGCGCCGCAUGAAGAUGGACUUAACCAAGAAAAAGGAGCCACCGGGCAAGAAAUCUGCCUUCGUGUUCAGAAGAGACUGCAGCGUUGUCUGCUGAGCUGUAAAUCAAUCGAAUUAA